AUGACGGGUUACAAACACGUGCGCUGCCGGAGCCUGCUCCCCUGUGACCCGUGCGUUCUGCAGGCACCGCGUACUCGCUGGAACCCGAGCCCGCCGAGUACGCGCCUCAGCCGCAGAUCAGCGCGCGUGACCCGCCAGGCCGCGUCCACGCCCGCCGACGAUAUCCCGGUGUUCGACCGCAACAAGGUCAGCCUGGACUUCCCGGGGAACCUGUUUGGACCAUCCGUGUCGCUCCUCAUCCGGACGACUAAGAUCAUCGGCGACGUCAUACAGAACUCGGCGGUGCGCUACCAGUCGUUUCUGCGCUUGUUCCGGCCGCUGUUCCGCGGACAGUUCCAGAUCAAAGGCCUCGACCCGCCCACCACCACCACCACCACCACCACCACCACCACCACCGCACAACCCGCCAGCGCCGCGCCAGCCGCUGACAAUGACAACGAGAUCAACCGAAGACGAUAG